CGCUAGGGCUUGGCUUGAGCUUGCCGGGUAAAGAUUUUUGUUUCUGCCUGUUUUGGUUUUUGUUUGUGAGUCUGACUGACUUCGUUGUCUGUGGAACAAUUUUCGACCAUUUAUCUGAGUCCUGAAAUGCGCCACUUUGUGGCGUGGUGAUAGCCAAUUUUGUGUCGCUUCUUUCACCUGGCCCGCAGGUGUUGCGACGGCGACAGUUUGAAAGGAGAAUGGCAGAAUUAUUUGCCAUCACCACAAGCUGAGAACGUUGAAAUAUUUAGUAAUUAGUGCUGUUAGUCAAUCCUUGAUCCACGGAGAUGGCAUCUCCAUCUGAUCGCGCUGCUGUCUCGGCGAAGCGGCGUACAACUCAGCUAGAAGGCCUGUAUCUUGAUGCAAAGCGCUGUAAACCUGAGGAGGCUCUCAGUGUUGAUGGGCUGUUGGACGCAUUAUUGGUGCUUCAUGAUGAGUGUAGUGGUUCGACGCUGCGAAAAGACAAGAACAUCGAGAAUUUCGUGUCCAGAACAUCAGAAUGUGUCACCAAGGUGAAGAACUUACGAAUGCGCAAAGAGGAUUUCGAGACUCUGCGUGUGAUUGGCAAGGGUGCUUUUGGCCAGGUGCAACUUGUCCGACUCAAAGAGACAAGCAAUAUUUAUGCGAUGAAGAUCCUUAAUAAGUGGGACAUGUUGAAACGGCAAGAGACGGCAUGCUUUCGUGAAGAGCGUGAUGUUCUCGUAUAUGGUGACUCGCGCUGGCUGACGCAGCUGCAUUUUGCCUUUCAAGAUGUCAACUAUUUGUAUUUGGUCAUGGAGUAUUACAUUGGCGGUGACCUGCUAACCUUGCUUAGUCGCUUCGAUGACCGUCUGGACGAGCAGAUGGCCAAGUUCUACUUUGCUGAAAUGAUCCUGGCAAUAAACUGUGUUCACGAGCUGGGUUAUCUGCAUCGAGAUAUCAAGCCGGACAACCUGCUGCUGGAUCGACACGGCCAUCUGCAUUUGGCCGACUUUGGAUCGUGCCUGCGACUGGACGAGAACGGCAUGGUCAGCUCGCCGGUGGCCGUCGGCACACCUGACUACAUAUCGCCGGAGAUCCUCCGCGCCAUGGAGGACGGCAAGGGGAACUACGGUGUGGAGUGUGACUGGUGGUCGUUUGGCAUUGUCGCGUAUGAAGUGCUCAUCGGUGAGACGCCAUUCUAUGCCGAGUCACUUGUUGAGACCUAUGGCAAGAUCAUGAACUACAAGACUCAAUUUGCGUUUCCUGAGGAUGUUGGCACGGACGAAGCUUCGGAAACAGUGCGUAAUCUUAUCCACAGGCUUAUCUGUGAUAAGAAGGAGCGACUUGGUAACUCUGGUGUAAAGGACUUCAAAGCGCAUCCGUUCUUUGAAGGCGUUGACUGGGACAAGAUCCAUCUCAGCCGGCCGCCAUACGUUCCAGAAGUCGAGGACGAUGCCGAUACAUCACACUUUGACGAAAUAGAAGUCAGUGACGGUCUGGAAGCUCUGGAUGCACAGCCUAACAAGACUGUUGCUGCUUUCACCGGCCAUCACUUACCGUUCGUUGGAUUCACCUACAUACAGAACUCGCGACUCAGUGACAAGCAUGUCAGCCCUCUCAAUGAUGGUGCUAGCGAUGGUCAGGUUGAAGUUGCAGCUCCUGUUGAGACUGCCGAGCGAGGGAUGAUCGACCGCAGUGCUGAGAUCGAUGCACUACAUAAGGAAAUCCAGGACCUGCAGGCUCAGGUUGAGGAAGCCAACAGAGAAAUGGAGGAGGCCGAGCGACUAAACGAACAACGGCAGUUGGAGCAACGCGAGUACGCUGAUGACACCGACCAUCGGAUCACUGUAGCUGAACAGACUGUAAAGAAGCUCAGUCAGGAAUCGGAGCGUCUUCAGUCAGAGCUGCGGGAGAGCCAGGACUCCGUCUCCUCGUUACGCACUGAACUGAAAGAAAACCAGCAGCAGCGGCGUGCGCUGAGUGUGGAGCUCAAUGAGAUCAGUGACCGGUUGAACCAGGUCAAAUCGCAGAAAACCAAGCUGAGUAGAAUCAUCCACGAGCGUGAAGAAGACCUAGAAAAGCUUGCGUCGAAGCUGGACAAUGUGAAGGCAGACAAGAGUGCGCUGGAUAAGAAGCGAAGAGAACUUGUCACCGAGCUUGAGGAGGCGGAAGCCAACCUUGCCAAGGAGAAGAACGCUCGAGCUAAGGCGGAACAGUCUCUGCAGGCUCUGCUGAACAAAGAGAUCAAAGCCGCCAAGUCUACCAACUCGGAGAAGACAGAGAAUGAGCUUGCUCGGGUGCGCUCAGACCUGGAUAAGUCUCGAUCUGAUUAUGAGGAGGCGCUUGAGGAGCUUCGAUCAAAGCAUGGCAGCGAAGCAUCUAAGCAGCGCGAAGAGAUUGUACGCUUGGAAGAAGUCAACCGUGACCUUACGCAGGAGGCUGCUGAGCUUCAGAACAAGAUGUUGCAGGCGCAAAAGGAGGCACAGAUUGAGCUUGAUGAGAAGCUCGCCGUCGUCUCCAGCAAGCUGGAGGGUGAGAAGACCACGUUACUGCAGGACAAUGACGAGCUGAAAGGAGAGAUGGAGAAGCUCACGCAAUCCCUGGAGCGCAGCAUUGCCUAUCAGCAGCAGCUGGAGAAGGAGCGUGAUGAAGCUGAGCAGAAGAAGGAGCAGGAUUCCGUGUCUCACUGGGAGACACAGAUAUCCGAGAUCGUCCAGUGGGUGAAUGAUGAGCGUGAUGCACGGGGCUAUCUUCAAGCUUUGGCGCGCAAGAUGACCGAGGAGUUAGAUUCUGUCAAGCAGGCCAACAGCUCGGCACGAGACUGGCAGAUGCGCAAGUCAGUGCGUCAGAACAAGCAGGAAAUCCUCACGCUCCAGGCCAGUUUGCAGACUGAAGUGGCGGCCAAGGAGCAAUUGGACGCCGAAGUCACCAAGCUCAAGUCGCACCUGGAGGCUUACGAGCAGAAACUUGCUGCAGCGGAUGCCAACACCAAGGAACUGCUGACUGAGAAUGAGCGAAUGGCUGCCACGAUGGAGGCGAUAAAGCAGCAGAACUCUGUCUCUGGCCACACGCACAGCACGAUUGCAGAGGGCAACCGCCGUACGUCGUAUCCAAGUGAUGCUGGCUUCCCACACGUGGAGAAUAUCACGUACUCUGAGAUGAACGCAGACCAAGCUGCCAUCAGUGUGAACACGCCUUCCACCAGCUCCACUGCCUCUGCUGGCAAAUCAGUGGCCCGAGUCAGUUCAGAUGCACAUUCCACGUCAUCGACAUCGACCACGCCGAGCACUAGCCGUGCGCCCAAUCCAUCGCCAUCGCGAGAGCCAAGCACUCACUCAACCAACAGUUCUUCAUCCGACGUGUCUGCGCCGGUGCACGCGCCUCUCCGUGGCCAUGUCAAGACCCUGGCUGCUGAGUUCUCCAAUCACGAGUCCAGAAGUAACUCUGUUUCGUCCCAUGACAGACCCCGAACGAAUAAGGACAAGAACCAUCGCUUCACGGUCAAGACGUUCUCUGUGCCCACAAAGUGUCAACAUUGCACAUCGGUUAUGAUUGGUUUGGUUCGCCAAGGCAUGGUCUGUGACUCUUGCAAGUUCUCUGUGCACACUCACUGCGCACAGCAGGUGGAGCUGGAGUGUCCCGUGUCGCAGGAGCUACUCAUGAAAGCCCCACGAGGCAUGGACCCGGAGCGGGGCAUUGGAACGGUGUGUGAAGGCUGGGUCAAGGUGCCAAAGCCGGGUGGCGUCAAGCGUGGCUGGACGCGCCACUACGCCGUGGUGUGCGACCUGAAGGUGUUCCUGUACGAGUUUGCCACGGACCGCGCGUCUGGCACGAGUAUCGCGCACGUGUUUGACAUCAGGGAUCCAAACUUCUCAGUGUCUUCCGUUCAAGAGUCGGAUGUGAUCCAUGCACCACCCCGCCUCAUCCCUUCCAUCUUCAAGAUCUCUGUGACGGCCCACUCCACGUCGGAUGGUACAGUCCUGGCACACGUGCUGGUGCUGACCGACACUGAAGGGACCAAGAAAUACUGGCUGAACAUCUUGCAAGAGCUAAUGCGAGUGCUCAAGGCGCAGAAGUCGCUCGGCGGCCCGACGCGCUUCGGCUGCACGCAGCUGUACACGGCGCAGCAAGUCGACCACAUGAGAGUUGUACACGCCGCUGACAUCAUCGAUCAUAAUCACAUUGUUCUUGCAGUUGAGGAGGGCCUGUACUUAGUGGAAACUCCAGAAGCAACCAUGAUCCAGGUGGGAGAGAAGAGAGCCAUAGCUGUGGAGGUGAUGCAUAAAGUCAUGGUCAUUGCCGCUAUAACCGGUCGUAACCAUCACCUACGUCUCUAUGGACUAGCAGCAUUGGAGGGCGCUGACCCGGAGAAUGCAGCAGUGAAGGUCGACGGCACUCGUGGAUGCGUACUGAUGACGACUGGCUUUGUGACUGCCACGUCCACGGCAUACGUUGCUGUUGCUGUCAAGCGCAAGAUUCUUGUCUAUGAAGUUGUUGCAGAGACGAAGACGAAAGCAACGAAAAUCAAGGAGAUCAAUGUUGCCUCCACCAUUCACACUUUGACUGGAUGCGACGGGCACUUGGCUGUAGGCUCGUCCAACGACUUCACUCUCUAUUCCGUGACCGAAGGAGAAACGGCAGCCAUCGCUUUAAUUGACCGUGAAGACCCCGGUUUGUCGUUUGUGAUCGCUAACCCCGGCGCUCUGCAGUGCAUUGCCUGCAUCGAGUUGACGCCAGGUGCAGAGUACUUGCUCUGUUUCAACAUGGUCGGUGUGUUUGUCAGCGGCAAUGGCUGCCGAUCACGCUCCUACGACCUGAACUGGCCAUCCAGUCCACAGUCCAUUGCAUUCCAGUCACCACACCUGCUAGUGUGCACAGUCACGUCUGUAGAGGUGUAUGACACGCGUACCGGUGAUUGGAUGCAGUCAUCUCCACUCAAGCGUUGCUCCGUGCUGAACAGAUUUGGCUCUCUGAUGUGGUGCCUGGGCAUGGACCCACCUCGUAUCCUGCACUUCCAAGAGGAGCGUGAUGACAUGGAAGUCAACUGGCCACCACCAAGGCAUGUAACUCUGCUUUCGCAGAAGAAGCGCAAGAUUCAAGUGAAGUUCAAUAUCUCCACUGAUGAGAGAGUGCCAACCUUGAGUACCCACAUUGAUGCUCCUGCGCAUCGUGAUCGCACUAACGCCGAAACCUGGCAUGGCGAAGAAGAGGGGGCGGCAGCGUUGACCUAUGGUAUGGCUCGUGCUGACAAUGAACUGAACACCAACCUGUAAGUGAUGGACACGCUGAGUGGAAGUAGCGCCGCUGUUGCUUCCAAUUAUGUACACACAUCUGGCCUGCUCUGCUGCACAACGACAAGCCCUGCUGUUGCAACUACUGAUACUACUACUGAAGGUAAUGGUGAUGACAUAGAAUGUAAUCUCAGACCAGGCAUUGCAAUACGGUUGCAGGCAGGCCAUGAGCCCGUGUGUCCAGGACCGAGACUGGAACAAUGACACUCGUAUUCGUACUAUUCUCCUACUUUCUCAACCCUUUCGGCCCUGCCCAUUUCCCUUGUAUAUUGCUAAUUAUUACUUUCUUACCUUGCACCAUCUGUGCCACUGCCUGUUAUUUUUUUAGAGGGCAGCUGUGCAUUUCUCGAAUUUGGCUUUGUGAAUAGUGCAAUCACAGGUUCGCUAGCAGUAUUUUCACUUUCCUCACCUUGGCAGUCGCAUUGGAAUGAUGCCCAGUUUCAACUUCUAACCUCCCACCAACUGUCAAACUUUUUAAUAUUUUCACAUUUUCAGUUCGUCACUUUUCAUCGAACAUCAAAGCUGCUAGUUUUUUUUUACAUUUGCAUUAUGUUGUCAGUGUUUUUAAACUUGUUGUUGCCACUGGGAUUUUUUCAAACUUCACACACAUAUGUAGAUCUAUUUUUAGUUGCUGUAAAGGUUGCCUUUUCAUUUGUUUACUGUUGUCACUCUGACUACUUAUCUAUCUUGCCAACAACUACUGUGUACUCUAUAUACGUGUAGGCUGAACUAAUGGUUGUUUUCAUGCAUCCCUCAUGCACCUCUUGUGUCCGUGGCAAACUUACUCUCAGACUGA